GAGCUCCAGAGAGGAACAGCAGGUCUCAGCUCGGUGGUGUGAUGAGACACUUCUGACGAGGAGGAGAGGGACAUCGUCAACCAUUUUGUCUGACUUCAGGACGUCUGUCUGAGGAAGAGGCAUGAGUUCUCCACAAAAGAAACAGAGAGGCACAAAAAAAACAAGAUCUCACUGCUGUCAACAAUGUGAGAAAGAAUUCCCUACAUCACAUCAAUUAAAGAUUCAUCAGAGAAUUCACACUGGAGAGAGACCGUACAGCUGUGACCAGUGUGAGAAAGCUUUCACUACUGUCUUUAACCUAAAACGACACCAGCACACUCACACUGGAGAGAGACCGUACAGCUGUGACCAGUGUGAGAAAGCUUUCACUACUGUCUUUAACCUAAAACAACACCAGCACACUCACACUGGAGAGAGACCGUACAGCUGUGAGCAGUGUGGGAAAACAUUUACAUGGUCAAGUACUUAUAGAAUCCACGAACGUAUUCAUAGUGGAGAGAAACCCUUCAGCUGUGAACAGUGUGGUAAAGCUUUCUCUUGCUCAAGUAGCCUCAGGAGUCACCAACUCAUUCACACUGGAGAGAAAUCGCACCACUGUGACCAAUGUGGGAAGCCUUUCUCUCUUCUAAAAAGCCUAAGAGUCCACCAACGUAUUCACACUGGAGAGAAACCGUACCACUGCAGACACUGUGAGAAGUCUUUCAUUACUUCAUCAGACUGCAACAAACAUGAACGGAUCCACAGUGGACUGAAACCAUACAGCUGUGAGGACUGUGGGAAGAGAUUCACUCAGCUAGAUACUUACAUGGAACACAGAAACAUCCACACUAAAGAAAAAAUGUACCCUUGUCAGCUAUGUGGGAAAAUCUUCAUUUGCUCUAGUGCGUACAAGCGUCAUGAACGUAUCCACACUGGAGAGAAACCUUACAAGUGCAAACACUGUGAGAAAUCAUUCCCAUUAUCAGAAGCACGUAAAUACCAUGAGCGUAUCCACACUGGAGAGAAACCAUUCAGCUGUGAGCUGUGUGGAAAGAGUUUCAGUUGUUCAUCUUCAUAUUGCAAACACAAGCUUAUCCACGCUGGACUCAAACCACACCAGUGUCAACACUGUGACAAACGUUUCACUUCAUCAUCCGAACUCUCACAGCAUCAGCGUGUUCACACUGGACACAAACCAUACUGGUGUGUCAAAUGUAAGAAAAACUUCACCUGGGCAACUCAGCUGAAGAGACACAAGUGUGUCUAAACCAGAUACCAAAACACCCAACCUGGACUCUCAUGUUUCGUUAGUGAGUUUGUAAAUUAAAUUCACAGGUUCAUAUUGGCAGUUUUUAAGUCACUAGGUAUAUACAGUCCCCCAAGCCUGUCCCAUGAUGCACUGCAUGCACAGCAUCAACAUGUCACAAACAUAUAAACUAUAGGAUAUAUUUAUUUAUAACUUGGAGCUCUGUGGUAGAUCAGGUUUCCUUGUGUUUGUGUAAUGAGCAUUACACCCUCAGGGGUCGCUACAGAGAAACAAUGAUUCUUGAUCUGUUAUGUUGUACUUUUUCAAAAUGUACUCUUGUAUUCCUGUUCUCUGUACUAGAUUGUACUUUGUUUGAGCCCCUUGUGGCUGAGAGUUUAUACCUGUAUGUGGGUGUGGUCUGCUGUACACCUGUGUUAAAUCAGGUUAUUGCCUUGAUUGUCUUGUAUAUAAUUCAACACUGGUCAUGCUCUGAGAAAGGCCUAUGGCUGAAACACGUCAGCGUAGACAUUUUAUUAUAAAAUGUAAAGUUCUUCUUUGCUUUGAUAGUGUGACACCAUUUUUCUACUUUUGAGGUUUUUGUUCAAAUUGUUCUUGUCUACAGUUUUUAAUUGUUAAAUGAAAGGUCUUUAUGGAAAUAUCAGAAAUGAUACUCGCUGGCAGACUGAACAAAAGGAUUUUGUAGAAAACUGCACUUAUGUUUUCCACAGAAAGCUAUCACAAAGUAUAAAGGUGAUAAAAGUACUGUACUGCUACUUGUAUCGACUUGAUGUCCUUUGUUGCAUUAAGCAAUACUUCUGUACAUGAUAUUGAUAUAUUUCAUUCUUACUGUUUGUCUUGUGAAAUUUCAAAGUGGUGUGUUUGUCACUUUUUUAAUGUUUGAAUGAUUUAUUAUUCAUUAGUCUGAAUCAAUUUUUAUGAAGUUCUGUUGUAUUCAAUAGUCUUUCUGCAUAUUAUCAUAAACUGGUUUGUUUUGUUAAUUCUCACAGGUUACACAUUUUCGCUUGGAGUGAUUUAAUGUAUAAUGAAAACAAAAAAGAUUACCUGGAUAUUACAUAUUUUAUUUCCAGAUGCUCUUACUGUUGAAGAAUUUGGGCUGUUUUGGCAUUUUGAUAAAGAAUUGAUCUGGAUUCAUUGGAUAAAUAAACACAUUUCAACAAUUA